UACCCUUUUCUCUUUUAUCUUCUUCACCAUUGUCGCAGCUAUUUUAAGCUCUAUCCCGUUUUUCUACUCUCUUUUAUCUUCUUUCACCAUUGCAGUAGCAAUUUUUAAGCUCGGAAUAGAGUUGAUUGUUUGAAGAAGCACCAUGAAGAAGAAGACCAGUAAAGACAAGGCUAAUGCUGUUUGUGUUGCCGAAGCUGCUCAAAUGACGGAGAAUUUAGUUGCAACAAAACAGGGGAAGAAAAAGGAUAAAUUAAGCAAGAAGAUAAGAAAAAGCAAAGAGAAAAUCAAUGCUAGCGUUGGAAUUGUUGAUAAGCCUGUUGACGGGAAUGAAGUUCAUCUUCAAGAAAAAUUUAGAAAAGACAGAAAAAAGAAAUCAAAGGGGCAAUUGUUGGAAACGAGUAAAGGAGCUAAUCAGGAUGAAGUUUAUGAAAUACCUUCGGGAGAUGACGACUGCUCAAAAGGCAUGAAAAAAUGGCUUACAGACUACCACCGAAGUAGGCCUGGCUUGAAGGUACUGCAACAAACGAUUGACGAGUUUAUAAUUGAGCACGAGGCAAAACUUGAUCAGGAAAGAAAAGAAAAAGAAGCUCGUCUUACGGAAGGGGGAUGGAUACUUGUUGAACAUCAUAAAGGAAGGAAAAAGACCACAGACACUGAAAGUGGAACUACAGUAGGCUCUGUUUCCCAGGCUGCUGUGGAGGAGAAAUUAGCUAAGAAGAAGAGCAAAGAGGUCUUUGAUUUCUACCGCUUUCAAAAAAGAGAAGCCCAGAGGAGUGAACUUAUGAUACUCCAGAGCAAAUUUGAGCAGGAUAAAAAGCGGAUUCAACAGUUGAGAGCUGCUCGGAAGUUUCGACCUUAUUAAGUGUAACCAAACCCUUUAAAAGAACCAAGAGGUGAACCUAAUCUCUGUUAAUGGUUUCAUUAUUGCUCUAUUUGAGAAGAUGAAAUCCUGACUACAUGUAAUUCGUUACCAAUUUUGUGCAAUUUGUGGUUCUAGAGUACACUGGAAAACGGGCUAGGAUUGUAAUGGGAAUAUGAAGUUUAUUAAUGAAUUCCAGGAUGUGUUAAACAAA